AUGGUGGUAGCUGACGAAGAGGGCACCGAUGGCGAGAGCACUGACGACAGUGGCGGUGGUGGGGGGGAAAGCAUCGACGGUGAUGGGGAGGGCGACGAUAGGGCUGCUAUGGCGGUCGGUCGCAGGAAGGUCGGCGGGGCUGCUGUGGCAGUUGGUGGGGCCAGAGGGCCAUUGCCAAUGAGGGGCGCAGCCAAUUUAUCGGCAGGUGCGCAGCCCGGCGGCCACCGCCCGGCCACCGCUGCCGGCGGUAACCGCCCUCGCGCCGCCCAGCAACGACGGCCGCCCGCGCGCCGCCCACGCGCCACCCGCGCCCCGCUCGCGCGCAGCCCACACACCGCCGCUGCCCCUGCACCGCCACAGCGCCGCCAGCCACCUGCGCUAGCCCCUGGUCGCCCAACGGACCAGGGGUUUAAUUUUUUUAAGCCCUUGAGGGCUUAA